CACAAGAAACACUAACCACAUCCCACAAUAUAGAAAUAUGAGAAACGUAUUGAUGACACCCACCAAUUCCUACAUUGAAAAGCAAUCGAAUAACCAAAAAAUACCGUUUUCUAACGUGGUUAUCACAAGAACAAGGAAUUGUUUUUGGGGUAGAGAAUGGAAUACGGUAGACAUAUAUAUGGCAAUAUUGUACACUUUUCUACAUUUACUUGCCCUUUGUGCACCAUUUGCAUUCACUUGGGAUGCUUUUUGGAUUGCAAUUAUUGGCAAUUUGCUGACAGGAAUGCUAGGCAUAACUCUCAGUUAUCAUCGACUUUUGUCCCACCGUAGUCUCAAACUCCCCAAAUUGCUCGAAUAUACGUUUGUUUAUUUUGGGCUCCUUGCUGCUCAGGGAGAUCCAAUAUAUUGGGUAAGCGUCCAUAGAUUUCAUCAUAAAUACGUCGAUUCAGAUAAUGAUACACAUUCACCCAUCAACGGAUUCUGGUUUAGUCAUAUGGGUUGGAUCUUGGAUAGUGGAUACUUACUAGAAAAGCAUCCAACAUAUAAAAACGUGGAAGAUUUAACAAAUCAGAUGUUCUAUAUGUUUUUACAAAAAACAUACAUAUGGCAUGUACUUGGAUGCGGUGCUCUCUUGUAUACAUGGGGUGGAUUUUCGUAUCUAGUUUGGGGCAUGGGUGUUAGAACGGUAUGGUUUAGCCAUAUCACGUUUUUUGUGAACUCUGUUUGUCACAUAUGGGGAAACCAGGCUUGGAAUACCGGUGAUCUCUCCAAAAACAACUGGUGGGUAGGAGUGCUUGCCUUUGGGGAAGGAUGGCAUAACAAUCAUCAUGCAUUUGAGUAUUCAGCUCGACAUGGAUUGGAGUGGUGGCAAAUUGAUUUUACUUGGUACAUUAUACAGUUUCUUGAAACCGUAGGGUUGGCAACCAACAUUAAAGUGCCGACUGAUGCCCAAAAGCGUAAAAAAUCAUUUGCCAUUUCUGAUAAUACCUAUAAAUGAUUGAUCAUUAUGUGCGUAACAUAAAGGAUACAUUUAAAUAAAAUAAACGUCGAUAUAUGACUAAGCCUAUGUGGAUUAAUGUAUAAUUUAUGGAUUUGUUUAUUGCAAGUCUUUGGUCAAUAUAAAAUUCCCUAAUUUAUGUUUCUUUCA